AGUAGUGAAAAAACCGUUCGGAACUUAUCUUAUUCAGAUAUAAAAAAGUGAACGCUUCAGGUUUUCAGGUUUAACUUUUGUGUGGUGCGAAAUAUUUUUUUUUAUUAUUAUUUUGGCAAAAAUACGCUAUAUUUUUGAAGGAACUCGUUGUCGCCAUACAAACUAUAUUAAAGUCGGGAAACGUUUUUAUCGAUUUUAUUAAGCGCCACACUCGCAUAAUUCAUAUUUGUGGAUAUAUCGUUUUACACAUUGUGCAUGACAUCGCACGGAAUUAAAUCAAAAUUAUAUUUGGUGGUUGUAUUAGACACAAUGGAACACUUGUGUAAUUAAAAUUUAAGAAAAAAAAAAACGAAACGAAAAAUAAUAAAGUUACAUAAUUGAUAAACAAACCAAAAAAAUUGAGAAAAAAGAUAAUAUCUAAUUUAAACUGAAGCAUUGUAAUACAACAACUGAUAUAUCGAUAGGUGCUAAUAAUUAAAAACAAUAAAUUUAUUCAAACGAAAUAUAUUAUACAAAUCGGUGACUUUUACAAACUUUUUUUUUCCUAAGAUGUUGAUAUGACAACAACUAUAUUGUCUGGUUGAUAUUGUGUUAUUGAAUUCAAGGAAAUAGUUUAAGGUGAAAGACAAAGGAUAGAAAGUGUCUAAACUGCAACAAAAAUUGGGAAAUCGUGGACAUAAACACGGUCAAAAAUGAGUGGAAAAGACAAUAGAUUUAGCGACGCAUCCAACAAGAUGAAGGGGAUGCUAGACAAACUGAAAAGAUCCGUUUCGGAAACGGAUGAAAAUCGUGAUCCCUUACAACGCGGAUAUUCGCGAGUGGAAACUGCAGAAGGUUCAUUAUCAACAUCAUCGACAUCGACCAGUUUGGAUACAGUAUUGAUUGAAAACGUUAACGAAUUGAUUCCGCUUCCACGAAAUCCGCGACAGCAUCACAAUCAAUUCACACCGAUAUCGGAAAGUGACGAAACGAACCCCUUGUAUCGGUCCGGUGAAAUAAAAACGUCGAAACCAUCGUUGAAGAGUUCAAAGGUUUCGUUUGAACAAAAAGCGGACAGCAGUGACGAGGACAGUUUUGAGGAUCGACGAGAUCACUUCCAACAGAGAAAAGCGAAAAGUGCUGAUCAUAAGGGCAUUCUAAAGGAUUUGACGCAUCUUGCUACUUACGAUAAUCGAAAAGCUUUUCAAUCCAAGAAACAUGUUUCAUUGGAUAUAAAAAAUUCAAAACGAUUGGAACAAAUACUUAAAGGCGGCGGUUCGUCUGAUGAAGAAGAAUUUGCCGAAAGAAGAAGACAAUUUCAAGCAAGAAAACAUCAGAGUCUAGACAAUAGAGUCAAAUUCAAUUUGGAGAAGAAAACAUCCUCCGAAAGCAGUGAGGAAGAAUUUGAUGCCGAAGGAAAGCGCCUGAUACACGAGCGAAUUCAUGACUUUUCCAAGCCUAUCAUCAUCGAUAUAAAAGACUUGGACGUCAGUGAAGAGGAGGACGACGAAGAAGAGGACGAAGCUGAUUUUGUUUCAACAAGAAAGAGCUUCCAACAGCAAAGGUCGCUUAGUACAGACUCCAGAAAAAGCCACAGAUUCUUCGAAAUGGAUGAUAUGGGAGGAAAGCAGAAUGAAAAUUUACGAACGGCGGUGCCUUUUAUCCGACAAAUUACACAGGAUGGUAAACCUAAAUUGGAAGUUUAUCGACCCACGACGAAUCCUAUUUACAUCAACACACAGUGCCUUGCAGCCAUUGCAGUGUCCCUCGGUUCACUAGUAGUUGGCUUUUCAUCUGGUUAUACAUCACCCGCGUUGCCAUCAAUGAAAGAUGCAAAUCAAACCAGUUUUCUAGUUACUGAACAAUCGGGUUCAUGGGUCGGCGGUGUGAUGCCUCUGGCUGGUUUAAUCGGUGGCGUACUGGGCGGACCGUUAAUUGAGUACCUUGGCCGAAAAACGACAAUUCUUGCCACAUCUAUUCCCUUCAUAAUUUCUUGGUUGUUAAUUGCAUGUGCUGUGAAUAUUUGGAUGGUAAUUGCUGGACGUGCAGUCACUGGUUUCGUUGUUGGCGUUGCUUCACUAUCAUUGCCCGUUUAUUUGGGUGAAACUAUUCAACCCGAAGUACGUGGAACUCUGGGCCUUUUACCGACAGCAUUCGGUAAUAUAGGAAUAUUAUUGUGUUUUGUCGCCGGUCGAUACAUGAAUUGGUCAGCGCUAGCCUUUCUCGGUGGGACAUUACCAGUACCAUUUCUGAUAUUAAUGGUUCUGAUACCCGAAACACCGCGCUGGUAUGUUUCGAAAGGAAAGCAAGAGCCUGCCCGUAAAGCGUUACAAUGGUUGCGCGGUAAAAAAGCUGAUGUUGAACCAGAACUUAAAGGCAUCGUUAAGAGUCAUGUGGAUUCGGAGAAGCGUGGAUCAAACAAUGGCAUCAUGCAGUUGUUUAAAAAAUGCAAUCUCAAGCCAUUGUCCAUUUCACUGGGCCUUAUGUUCUUCCAACAAUUUAGUGGAAUCAAUGCUGUGAUAUUCUAUGCUGAAGACAUUUUCAUCUACGCCGGAUCAACCAUCGAUAAAAGUAUUUGCGUCAUCAUCGUCGGAGUUGUUAAUUUUAUUGCCACAUUUAUUGCCACUGUUUUGAUCGAUCGACUCGGCAGAAAGAUCCUGUUGUACAUCUCAUCCGUUGGAAUGAUCAUAACUCUGGGUGCUUUGGGCGGAUAUUUCUACGUCAAAAGUUCUGGUCAAGAUGUAAGUCACAUUGGAUGGUUACCCCUGGCUAGUCUCAUGGGCUAUGUACUCUGUUUCUCGGUUGGCUACGGACCGAUUCCCUGGCUGAUGAUGGGCGAAAUUUUACCGUCGAAGAUUCGUGGAUCGGCAGCAUCAGUUGCCACUGGCUUUAACUGGUCGUGCACAUUUAUCGUUACAAAAGCAUUUGCCGAUCUUAUCGAGGCAAUCGGUCUGAGUGGCUGUUUCUGGUUCUUUGGAUGUAUCUGUGUCAUUGGGCUUGUAUUUGAAAUUAUGUGUGUGCCAGAAACCCAAGGCAAAAGUCUUGAAGAAAUUGAACGAAAAAUGAUGGGUCGUGUAAGACGAAUGAGCUCAGUGGCGAACAUUCGACCAUUAUCGUUCAAUAUGUAAAUUCGUUCGACUCCAACAUACCAUCAGUUGUAGGUUAAAAGUGCCAAUAUUAGAGCAGCAAAACGUUUAUAUGUAACAUUGGCAACGAAUUUACUGUACUAGACCAAGACCAUAAUGCCUGACAUAAAUCUUUCUGUUCUUUUUAAAUUGAUGACAUUCCAGAUAAAUGUUGGAUAUAAUUCCAACGUAGGAGAAUUAGCAUCUUGAUCAAAAUUCGUUCUAGUUUCGAAUUUAAAGUUCGUGCAUGUGAUACAUUUGAAUUAGGAGCGAAAAUUACGCAAAUUAAAUGGGAAGAAUACUGACGAUCUUCUUAAAGAUAUUUGAACACGAUGUCCUUCCUGAUUGUUACACAAAGUUAUUGAAAAUUGUUAUUUGUUGAAUGUAUGUAGUAUGUAGUGUUAGGUAUGAUAUAGAUGUAGUCGAUAAGAUUUUAAACAAAUUAACCGGAAUAAUGCAAGGAGUUUGAUGCGAGAAGAAAAUGUAGAACAUUUCUAGAUAUAUUCGCAAGCUUUAAAAAUUUUACUUUAAGACUAGGCAAUAAAUUUACGCUUUGGAAGCUAAAAAAAAAAAAAAUUAGUGAAACUGAAACUCUGUGCUGUUGUGCGUUUAACGUACAUGUCUAAAUCGAAUGUAAUCUCUGGUUUUAUUCCUUAAGAAUAUUGAAUAUAAUUUAUAAAAUUACCCUACUCUAGAACAAAAUUUAUUGAAAAGAUUCAAUGCUUUUGAUGCAAUCAAGCCCAAAUACCCAGAUCUGAUUACACAUUAUGAUAAAUAAUUGCAACCAAAAAUUAAACUUAAGCAGCUUAAUUGCAACAUGUAAUAAUCAUCAAUUUGUUAAUAAAUAUUUUAUGAUUUUAAUCAAUCUUUUGACUAAGUUAAUUAUUUUAUUUGUAAAUAUAGUUCACUUAAUAUUUUGUAAUUAGCAUUAGAGAGUUUGACAGAAUUAUAUAUUUUUGAUUGAACAAAAUAAAA